UCCUGAGGGGUAGUGUGGAGCUUAACAAAUAGACGGCUGUGGUUUCGCCCUCCAGAGAAGAGCGGUAAACAGGUGAAGCUGAACACUGCUCUCAUUAGUUACAGAUGCAGUCACCUGCCACUCACCAGAGACAGAUGCCAGAAAGUUUCCACAGCUUUUUCUGCCCACACUCCGGAGACACUUGAGGAAUGGCUCAGACUCUGUGACUGGAUGCAAGCUUGGGGAAUUUACUGUACUGCUGGGGGCCGUGCAGAUAACAGCCGGAACCCAGUCUCAUCUUCAGCCUGAGGGGACUGGGGUUUUUAUGUGGCGAUUGUCCGAGCGAGCGAAUCAUGGCGAGCAUGGCGGUUCAGCUCCUCGGCUUCUUCCUGGGGCUGUUGGGUUUGGUAGGAACUGUUGUCGCAACGGUGCUCCCCCACUGGCGCAGCACGGCCUACGUGGGCUCCAACAUCAUCACAGCCACCGCCUACAUGAAAGGCUUGUGGAUGGAGUGUGUGUGGCACAGUACGGGCAUUUACCAGUGUCAGGUGUACAUAUCUCUACUGGCACUGCCUCAAGACCUGCAGGCUGCCCGGGCGCUCAUGGUGCUCUCCUGCAUCACCUCAGUGCUGGCCUCUCUGGUGUCUGUGAUGGGGAUGAAGUGCACCCGCUUCGCCCGCCACUCAGUGAUCAAGUCCCCCCUGGUGCUGAGUGGGGGGGUUUGUUUCAUCUGUGCCGGCCUGCUCUGCCUGAUCACCGUGUCCUGGACCACCAACGAUGUCAUCUUGGACUUCUACGACCCCUUCAUCCCCAGUGGGAUGAAGUAUGAGAUUGGCCUGGCCGUGUACCUGGGCUUCGCCUCGGCCUUCCUCAGCCUGAGCGGGGGGAUGGUGCUCUGCUGGAGCAGCAGCCCUGACAGGUCACAGAGACCCCCCCGUAUGCAGAGGAGCCUUCCAUUAUCAGCUCCCCCCCCCUUCAACCCAAUCUAUCCUCCUGCUCCUCCCUACAAGCCCCCCGAGGCCCUGAGGGACAAUCGUGCUCCUUCAUUUUGCUCCGCCUCCAGCAGUGGCUAUAGGCUCCAUGACUAUGUCUAAGACUGAAAUAAUAACACGAUAACUGCGGAGACUGUAAAAAACACUGUAAAGACCAACGAGUCAACAGAACACUUAUUUUAACAAGUAUGUUAUCCUCUCGUAAAACGAAGAAGGACCAGCAUUUACAUCACCAUUUCUGAUUCUGAAAGGAUACAACCGAUUCAAAAGAACUGCUCAGGCUUUCCUCUGACCUAAACCUGAUCUGAGAGGCUAACUGAACUCACAUUGUGUCAGCAAACUGAGGGCGGACCUGUUGACCUCCUGCAAUCCACCUAAAGGACCAGAAGGUGGCAACAUUUUACUGCAAAUGGCAGGAGACGAGCAACAAACGUUAAAGGAUCAACUGUUUUUCCUUUCUGUAUCCUGAUUUGGAGUUUACUUUUUUCUAGGAUCCAAUUUAAAACUUGUACUUAUUUUAAAGGAAUCUGCAGGAUUCAAUAUUGU